AUGGGCAUCAAAGUCGCUAAUACCAAAGUUUCGUCAAAGUCGUCGAGAGCAGUGUCCUCGGCAUUAGGAUUGCUGGUGAUCCUGGCAUUCGUGGCAUACACCAGUCGUGACGCCUGGGGCCUGUACGCCUUGUCGGAACAGACUGGCCUCGAAGCAGAACUAGACGACCUAGUGCUACCAGAACCAGUGCUGGAAUCCGCAAUCCCACAUACAUCGGCACAAGCUUCCGCUCAAGACGAUUCCCUGCGUGUGGAACAGAUAUUCUCGGGCAUCAAGCUCGAGAUCGAGGACUCCGGCAGCUCCACAAGCCUCAGACGGGCAUCCGCUACGCGUGUAGCGUCGUCUGCCGAAGUGGUCAAGGCCGACGUCGUACAUGGAUCCCGCAACUACAAACCACAAAGCCCAAGUUUCGAUCCCGAAGUAAACUUCCAAGAGAUCCUCAGUACAUCGCCUGUGGUCAUCUUCAUAGACUCCAAAGAGAAUUCCCAGCUGCUGCGCACGCUUUUGCAAAGGCACUACGAAGUGUCACCACCACCGGUCUUGGUAGACCUGGAAAAACACUCAAGCGGUGCCCAGCUGGAAUCUUACAUCGAAGACUUCAAACUCGAGCGUCCAGACGGUACGGCUAAGAAAACAUCCGCCAAGUCGUCCCACGAUGCUCCUUACUUGUUUAUCAAUGGCCACUCGGUCAUCAACACCGAUUUCCAAACCGACAUUCAAGACCUGCAUGUCCACAACCAACUUCUGGAUAAGUUAAAGUCUGUGGCCGAGGGCAACGUUAUGUUCACUCGCAACAACGCACCAUCCAACUCUUGA